AUGACCACGCAGAUAAGGUCUCCCGAAGGCUUGCCGUAUCCUAUUCAGAUCGAUAAACUCAUCCCUAGCGUAGGCUCAUUUCUUCAAGAAGGGGACAGAUUGCUCGUUUACAAGUUUUGGUAUCUGGUCGAAAGGCCCUCUGAUACCAGCGAUGAUGAUAACGACCACGACUCUUCUCCUGGCGGCGGCGGCGGUGGUAGUGUGUCUCCGCCAACCAAACAACUACGUGAAUCGAUAGAGUUCUUCGAAAGCCCCUACGAGGGCGAUUUGAUAAGUUGGAACGUAGACGUGGGCGACGAAAUAGCCACUGCUAACCAAGUUAUCUGUGAAAUCAAAAGACCUUGCAACCACGAUAUCGUAUAUGGUGGUCUGUGCACUCAAUGUGGGAAAGAAGUCUCCGCAGAUGCGUUCGACGGUGUGCCAUUGGACGUCGUGGGGGACAUGGACUUACAGAUUAGCGAAACCGAGGCCAUCAGAACAGGGAGAGCCUUAAAGGAGCAUUUACGACGGGACAAGAAGUUGAUCUUGGUCGUGGAUUUAGAUCAAACCAUCAUCCACUGUGGUGUAGAUCCUACCAUCGCAGAGUGGAAAAACGACCCUAAUAAUCCAAAUUUUGAAACGUUAAGGGACGUCAAGAGUUUUACUUUGGACGAGGAACUGGUAUUACCACUCAUGUACAUGACCGAAGACGGCUCUGUACCCAAACCACCUCCAGUAAGAAAAUGUUGGUACUAUGUCAAAGUAAGGCCUGGUUUGAAAGAAUUUUUCGCCAAAGUGGCCCCUCUUUUCGAAAUGCAUAUCUACACAAUGGCCACACGGGCUUAUGCCUUACAAAUUGCCAAGAUCGUGGACCCCACGGGUGAACUGUUCGGUGAUAGAAUUCUAUCGCGUGACGAAAAUGGGUCGCUAACCACAAAAUCUUUAGCUAAACUGUUCCCUACCGACCAGUCAAUGGUAGUGGUUAUUGAUGACAGAGGUGAUGUCUGGAAUUGGUGUCCGAACCUGAUUAAAGUUGUCCCUUAUAAUUUCUUCGUUGGUGUGGGUGAUAUCAAUUCUAAUUUCUUACCCAAGCAGUCCGCUGGAAUGUUGCAACUAGGAAGGAAAACGAGACAAAAGAGUCAAGAAUCUCAGGAAUUGAUAACAGACAUUAUGGAUAACGAAAAACAAUUACAAGAAAAAAUAGAUAAAGAAGUCAAACGCCAAGAAGAACAACUGAACCAUCAAUUGGCUACUGCAGAGGAACCUUCUGCAAAUGAAUCCAAGGAAGAAUUGACCAAGAAACUAGAAUACUCAGCAUCCUUAGAAGUCCAACAACAAAACCGACCCCUGGCUAAACUACAAAAACAUUUGCAUGACCAAAAACUACUAGUCGACGACGAUGACGAACUACACUACCUGAUGAGUACAUUAUCAAACAUUCACAAUACGUACUAUCAAAUGUUAUCACAACCAAGUGAACCAGAGCCAAACCUAAUGGAAAUCAUACCAAGUUUAAAGCAAAAAGUCUUUCAAAAUUGCUAUUUUGUCUUUUCAGGUUUAAUACCCCUAGGAACCGACAUACAAAGGUCGGAUAUCGUGAUAUGGACAAGCACGUUUGGCGCGACUUCCACCUCUGAUUUAAAUUACCUAACAACACAUUUGAUCACUAAGAAUCCCGGUACUUACAAGGCACGUCUGGCGAAAAAAUUCAACCCAGAUAUCAAAGUUGUCCAUCCAGAUUGGAUAUUCGAAUGUCUGGUGAACUGGAAGAAAGUGGAUGAAAAGCCUUACACCUUAAUCGUGGAUAGCCCCAUUUCUGACGAAGAAUUACAAAGUUUCCAAAAACAAUUACAAAAGAGACAAGAAUAUCUGGAUCAGCAUCAAGAACAGCAGCAUAUGUUAAUGCCGCAAGAAAAUACAAAUUUAUUCGCUACCGGUACAUCGUGGCUGAACGACGACGACGACGAAGAUAUUCCGGAUACAGCCAGCGAUGACGACGACGAUAAUGACCACAACAGUGAAACUGAUGAUGAAAAGGACUCAGGAGACAUUGACAGAAAGAGAGGUAUCGAGGACGGUCUUGAUGAAGCACCACAGAAGAAGACCAAGGCAGAACAUUCACAGGAAGACGGUCCUGCACAACAUGAAGAAGAGGGAGAAAAUAAUGAAGAUAGCGACUCACAGUUGGAGGAAGAGUUAAUGGAUAUGCUGGAUGGCUAG